UCAUCCUCGACCACCAUGACCGAGCCAAUAACACCGACGCCAGAACAGGCCAAGCUCGCGCGCAAGCUGGGCCGGCAGCAGCGUGCGAUCGCCAUUUUCUGGCGCCAUCUCACGGCGAUCCGGCUGACCCUCCUUGCCCUCGGCCUCCUCUGGAUAGCGGCUAUUCCCCACCCCCUCCUGUGGAAGAAGACGUUUAUCGACGAACACGCGCUCAUGCCCUCCGGCGCUCGCCCGUUGUGGGGAUGGGACGACGUGGCCGCCGCCGACCACUACCUGGAAGGCGUGGAACAUCUGGCCAGCCGCAACGCGAGCUGGGCUGCGCGUGCCGACUUCUUCGAGGAGCAGUUCAAGCGGAGUGGCGUUGAAACUGGCCGGAGUGAGGAUAGCGUGUACGCGCUCGUCACGCCGCCCCGCAGCGAGGGGACUGAGGCGAUCCUCGUGUCCGCAAACUGGUUGAGUCGCGACGGCGUGCCCAACGUCCGCGGCAUAAGCUUACUGUUGGCCCUCGCCCCAUUCUUCAAAGCCCACGGCCACUACGCGUUUGACAUCUACCUCGUUGUCGGGGACGGCUACAUCGAGGGCUUGAACGACUUCAUCUCGUCGUACACCGGCCGUGCCAACAUCUGGACAGCAUUCAAUAUCGACUACCCAUACCACAGCUACUCCACAAUCGGGCUGUAUUACGAGGGCGUCAACGGCCGUCUUCCGAACCAGGACAUCGUCAAUGUCGCGGCCCACGUCUCCCGCUGGCUCGGCGGCACCGAGGCUGCACCACACGCGCGCGACCCUCGCGCUCCCCACACGUACGCAACCGGCCUCGCCACCCUCGUCGAUCACUUCAAGUUUGCCGCGCUCGGCCGGCCGAGUGCUGCGCACGGCGUCCUGGCCAAACACCGCAUUGACGCUGUCACGAUCUACGCCGUCCCCGCCGAGGGCCCGCACGGCUUCUACUCGCUCGGCAAGAUCGUAGAGGGCACCGUCCGCUCAGCCAAUAAUCUGCUUGAGCGCCUGCACGCUUCCUUUUUCUUCUACCUCCUCCCCGGACCAGAGCGCUUCCUCCCUGUCGGGCACUACCUCCCUGCGGCAGUCCUCCUCGGCGCCUCGCUGACCCUCGGCGGCUUCGACUGCCCCGCCCCACUAGAGGGCGCGACAUGGCUCCUCGUCCCACUCGCGUUUGGCGCCAUCGGAUGGCUUCUCGGAUCGCCGCUCGUCGCGGCUCUCGCCCCCAUGCUGCCCAAGCCGAAGGGGGAUGCUCGGCGCAGCCUCGCGGCCCUCGCGCACCUCGGGUACGGCGCGCUCGUGCCCACCCUCGCCAUGGUCAAUUUUCCACAAGCACUCCUCCUCGCCGGCCUCGCCAUCACAUUCCUGGCACCUCUGCCUCGAGCGGGCAAGUUCGCGAUCGCGGGGCUCAACCCCGCGCUCCUGGCCGCGGCUGGCGUCGACCUCCGCGCCGAGUGGGAGACUUGGGGCAAUGUCGCCUGGCCUGCCGUCUUUGCAGUGUGGAUGCCACUCGCAGGUAUCUCGGCCAUGAUCUAGAGUUAUUGGAUGCAGUCGUGACG